AUGGAUAGCGGCGAGAAAAAUCUUUUCCGUUUGCGUAAAUUUUUUGGCGUUUCGCGCGCCAUUCAGCAGCGCACAGCGCGCCGGCGUAGCGUUAGUGACCAUGACAGGGAAGAGAUCGAACGCAAGCGAAUGCAAAUGCUUAAGGAAUACCGGCAACAACGCAUUUCUUCUUUGGGAGCCAAUCAGCGUUACAUCAUCGAAGUCGCUGCCGAUUUAUUGAACAUAGAUAUGGACGAAUUAAUCAUGGGUUUGGUCGAUGAUCAGGCAUUUAUUGAUCUACUCAACGGUAUAUUUGAAGAGAAAGGGCCACGCGCAUGUAUGAUUACCUAUAAUACUAUGAAGGGUUAUCCACCCGAAUCGGGCCGGUUUCAUGAGAAAAAUAAAUAUGCCGAUGUGAAGCGAGCGGUUUGUCUAAAAAGUGAUUUGGUCCAGAUGAAGGGUCCUUGGGUGAUUGUGUAUCGAAACAAUAACAACAAAAGCAUAGAAAAUCGCACUGUUUCUGAUGAUGUAGCGAUUUUUCGUUGGGUUGCCGAUGACGGCAAUUGCUUAUAUGUCGUAAAAGAGUUUAUGAAACGAGUUUUAACCGCCUCAUUGGAAGUUUUAACGGAUUUUGGUGUUGCCGAGCCAGAGCAGAAGCGCAAAUUUUUUCACAUACUCAACAUGUAUAAUAUGUUUUUACAAGCUUCGGAGGAGACCGUAUCGACACGCGUACAUUUUGACGUUUCUCAUGAGCUAUAUAAGGGUUUCCUUUUGGUUAAAUUUCAAAUUAAAGCAAGUGCUAAGGAUAUAGGUCGUGUACGGCUAGUUGAGCGCUAUUUUGCACAAUGGUUGCGACAAAUCCAAGGAAUUUUGGUAGAAGGAAAACGGAUACUACGCGAUUCGCCCGAUGUUGGGCCAUUACAAAUGCUGGUCAACUGGCGGCGCCAAUUAGCGCGUUAUACCUCCAUUAUGGAAUUUGUCUCAUCCCCUGCCUUUAACAAUCACAAGAAGUGCUUAGUAUUGUCACGAUCUUCGAAGCUAUUGAAGAAAUGGGCGGAAAUCGACAACCAGGUGACUUUAGUGCAAAAUGAAGCCAAGGAUAAUGUGCGGUACAUAUCAUCAUUACAGAAGUUCUGGGAUCCUUUGUACAGGUCUUCCCCAGAACAAAUCAUUAGCAGUCUGCCAGGUCUGAUGGUGGCAAUUCGUAACGUAUCGAAAACAGCUCAUUACUUUAAUACGCCGAGUAAUGUCACUGGUCUUUUUGUAAAAAUCUCGAAUCAAAUAACUUUGACUAGUCGCCGCUAUCUUACCGGUAUCAACCGCAAGGUGAUAUGGAAUAUACCUCCAAAUAGCGUAAUAACGAAAAUAAAUAGAUGCAAUGAGAUAAUGGAAUUCUAUAAGAAAAUUUAUGUACAAACUGUUGAAGACAUGGCACUUGCAAAUGAAAAACCCUGGAUUGUGUCCAAGGUUUACAUAUUUACUUAUUUGGAAAAGUUUCAAGCCCGCCUUGAGAAGAUCAGAGAUAUAUUUAAUACAGAAAUUACCUAUGCGGUGCUGGACAUUAUCAAUAUCAGUGGCAUGGAGAAGUUUAAUGCACAAAUUAAGGGCGCGAGAAGUACGAUCACUUCGAAACCGUACGAUCCACUUGAUUACCGCAUAGACUUGUUCGAUAAAGAUUAUGAAGCUUUUGUCAAGGAGGUCGAACAAGCAGAAGUAGGUAUGCAACAAUUCGUGAAACAACAGAUUGCUGAUGUACCCAUCGCCGAAUCGGUAAUAUUGAUACUACAACGUUUUGAGCGUUUGGGCUUAGAAUGUUUAUGCCUGGAUAGACGUUACUUAGAAGUUGCCGAGAUGCUGGAAAAGGAAAUGUUUCUCUUAAAAGAUGUGUACAACGAGGAGCGUGGUAAUCCGUUUAUAGCGAGAAAUAUGCCACCAGUAGCUGGUCGCAUCACUUGGAUACGUUCCAUUUUCAAAAAGAUAGAUGAACCCAUGAAAGUACUCAGGUAUCGGCAGUGUGUAUUGGCGCAUAAAAAAGCCCAGCGUACGGUGCGCUAUUAUAAUUAUAUGAAUGGUAUAAUAUGCCACUAUGAGAUGACCUACCACAAAGCUUGGUAUGAUUAUGCCGAAGAAGUUCGUUGCUUAUUGAAUUCGCCAAUAUUGUUAUGUCAAAAAGAAUUAGCCGAGUAUACAGUCAACUUGGAUCCGGCCAUUAGACAGUUGAUAAGAGAGACGGAAUGGAUGUGGAAACUGAAAUUGGAGGUUCCGAAUAUUGCUAGCGUGAUUACCUAUUGCAAGGAUCGAAUUCUUGACCCAGCCGUUCAGCUUAAGGAAGCCAUUAAGCGCUACAAUAGAUUUCGACAAUCGAUUUCUGCGAUUUUUAUAAAUAUUAUGCGUUUUCGAUUAAAAGAAAUCGGAUUAAUGUUGAAACCCGCCUUGUCAUCUUUAACAUGGAUCUCAGAAAAUCUCGAAGACUUUGUCCAAGCUUUUGAAGAUAAAGUCGAUGAAGUUGAGACAUUCUAUAGGACAGUCCAGAAUAUUGAAAAGAUACGCAUACUUAAAGAAAUGGAAAAUUUAACCGACUUCUUGUACGUUUACGAACCUAAAGAACCCAUUACAUCGGAAAAAUAUCUAGAAAUGAGCAAUAAGUUCCGUGCGGAGUUAGAGACAAUUAUCGAGCGUAACUCAGUGUGUAUUGAACGAUCUGUUAUCGAUUUGGUUAAUAUGUUCGUAGAUUUGUUGGACUUCGGUCCAUUCGAUUUGAAAGGACGACGUGUAUAUCAAUUGCCUUUGGAAAAACUUACCGACAAUAAUUGGCGUGUCGAGGGUAAUUACCCCAUUAACAAAUGGGACUGGAUACAAUUUCAGAAGAUAUAUCGUACUAUUUAUUUGGUUCCGGAUGAUGCCCUGAGAAGUUUACAGAUGAAAAACUACGAAGGCAUUCAUUACGAAUUAUAUCAUUUACGUAAUGAUUGCAUGGAUCUAUUUUCACAUUACAAUUCAAAAAUGAUUUUAACACUGGUGCAAUGUUCCAAGCGGUCGUUGGAUAUUGUACGACACAAAAUAUUAAGAACAAAUUGGCGCACCGAUCCAAUCAAGCCGAUACUCUACACAAACAUGGAUGUUGUCUUGGCAUUGGGUUGUACGAUUGAUCCCAGCUUAGAAGUGAUGCAAACGCAUUUCCUUACAGCGAUACAGGUAUGCACCGAAAUCAAUUAUUUUGUUUCGACGUGGGGCCGACAAGCAAAGACAUUGGAGCGACGUUCAAGGCGUGUCACCGUCGAUGAGAAUCGGUAUGACAGAUCCUAUUUCCGUUAUGUUGUUGAUCAUAAGGACAUAAUCCGCGCUACUACGAAUCUCGUAAAUGGUUUACUGUUAUACAAGCAAGAUAUAGAUGACUUUUUAACGGAAAAUUUCGACAAAUUUAAAUAUUUAUGGAGUGAAGAGCGGGAGCAGAUCAUACAGGAUUUUGUGGAAACCAAUCCGUUAACGGUGGACAUACGUGACAAAUUUAUUUACUAUGAUGAUAUCACUAGGGAUCUGGAAGAAAUGUCAACAAAAAAAGUUAUUGGUCCAAUUGAAAUACGGAUGGAGAAAGCUUUUGUGAAAUAUGUGGAAGAAUCAAAAAAGUGGAAAGUUAUGCUGGGUCAAUUAUUGAGCACUCAGUAUAAAAAGGAAUUAGACGAAAUGGUCGAUUUUAUUACUGAAAUGGAGGUUAUACUUAAUAAACCUAUAAACGAUCUCGAUGACGUGCGACAGGCGAUGAAUUGUUUGGAAAAGAUACGCGAUAACUUUAUAACCAUGGAUAUGAAUCUCCAAUUGAUUACCGACACCUACGCACUUUUCUCACAGUACAACAUAUUUGUGCCACAAGAUGACUACGAUAAGGUGGAUAGCUUGCAAUUGGCUUUUAAUAAAAUGUUGGAAAAUGCUAAGAAAACUUCCCAACGCAUAUCGGACAUGGAGGGGCCUCUGCUGCGCGAGUUAAACGAAGGCAUUGCACAGUUUGUCAAGGAUCUCGAGCAAUUCAACAUCGAUUUCGAUGCGAAUGGUCCCAUGGUUGAGGGCAUUUCGGCAAAAGAGGCUAGUGAUCGUGUGUUUCUCUUUCAGGGACAGUUCGAUGAGCUUUGGCGUAAAUAUGAAAUGUAUAACAGUGGUGAAAAACUUUUCGGUUUGCCGAUCACGGAUUAUCCGGUGCUGCACCAGCGUAAACGUGAAUUUAACUAUUUGAAUCGGUUGUAUUCGUUAUACAUUCAGGUACUGAAGACGAUUGCCGACUAUUAUGAAAUGCCAUGGGCUGAAGUAGAUAUUGAAAAGAUCAGUACCGAGUUGUCUGAUUUCCAAGUCAGAUGCCGCAAAUUGCCCAAAGGUAUGCAGUCAUGGCCAGCUUUUAUUGACCUUAAAACUAAAAUCGAUGAUUUCAAUGAGACAUGCCCACUGCUAGAGUUGAUGACCAACAAGGCAAUGAAGGAACGUCAUUGGGUGCGACUUAAUGCACUUCUAAAGACUGAAUUCGAUCCGACGAGCGCUAAAUUUACGCUCGGUAAAUUGCUAGAGGCACCUAUCUUGAAAUACAAGGAUGAAGUGGAGGAUAUUUGUGUGGGUGCAAGUAAAGAGCUGGACAUUGAGGCAAAAUUGAAACAAGUCGUCGCCGAUUGGUCCGUUGUUAAUUUGCAAUUGGGUCAAUUCAAGAAUCGUGGCGAGCUCGUAUUGAAAGGACAAGAGACACUGGAUAUUAUCGCUAGUUUGGAGGACAGUUUGAUGGUGAUGAAUUCGUUGGCUUCGAAUCGUUACAAUGCACCUUUCAAAAAAGAUAUACAACUAUGGCUAUCAAAAUUGGUGAAUACUGGCGAGAUUUUGGAGAAAUGGUUGAUGACGCAAAAUUUAUGGAUUUACUUGGAGGCGGUAUUUGUUGGUGGCGACAUCGCGAAGCAGCUGCCAUUGGAGGCUAAACGUUUCACUAACAUUGACAAAAAUUAUGUGAAGAUUAUGUAUAGAGCACGUGAAAUUCCAAAUGCCGUGGAGUGUUGCACGGGUGAUGAUACACUCGCGACAAGUCUUUCGUGGCUGCUGGAUCAGUUGGAGACAUGCCAAAAGUCAUUGACUGGUUACUUGGAAUCGAAGCGUUUGCUAUUUCCGCGUUUCUUCUUCAUUUCGGAUCCUGUGCUGCUCGAGAUACUCGGACAAGCCUCUGAUCCGACGACCAUACAGCCACACUUGCUUAGUAUAUUUGAUGCAAUAGCAACAGUCGACUUCCAAGAGAAAACAAAUGACGUUAUGAUCGCUAUGAAUUCAAUGAAUAACGAGAAAGUGGCUUUCGAAACACCUGUCCAAUGCAGUGGCAGUGUUGAGCUGUGGCUUGGUAAACUGUUAAAGGAAAUGCAAGACACAAUGCGUACCAUUUUGGCAAACAUGGCACAAAGUCUAAGCGAUCCUGAGUUUGUUUUUGUUGAAGAGUUUCCUGCAUUCUGCGGUCAAGCAGGUUUAUUAGGUGUGCAAUUACUCUGGACACGUGAUUCGGAAUAUGCGUUGAGAAAAUGUCGUACCGAUCGUGUUAUCAUGAAGCGAACGAAUGCGAAAUUUCUGAACUUACUUAAUUAUUUCAUUGAUUUGACUGUGAAGGAUUUAACAAAGCUGGAUCGUGUACGCUUUGAAACGAUGGUCACAAUUCAUGUGCAUCAGAGAGAUAUUUUCGACGAUUUAUGCACCAUGCGUAUCAAAUAUAUUAGCGACUUUGAAUGGCAAAAGCAAGCGAGAUUCUACUAUCACGAGGAUAAUGACGACGUUAUAGUUGGUAUUACGGAUGUGAAUUUCAUAUAUCAGAACGAAUAUUUGGGUGUAACUGAGCGAUUGGCUAUUACACCAUUGACAGAUCGCUGUUACAUUACUUUAGCACAAGCUAUAGGUAUGUCAAUGGGUGGUGCUCCGGCGGGACCUGCUGGCACUGGUAAGACAGAGACAACUAAAGAUAUGGGCCGUGCUUUGGGCAAAUUGGUCGUGGUGUUCAAUUGUUCGGAUCAAAUGGAUUUUCGCGGCUUGGGUCGUAUUUAUAAAGGACUAGCACAGUCUGGUUCUUGGGGCUGUUUCGAUGAGUUCAAUCGCAUCGAGUUGCCUGUGUUGUCGGUAGCAGCGCAACAAAUUUAUAUUGUGUUGACUGCGCGUAAAGAAAAGCGUAGCUGGUUCAUAUUCAGCGAUGGUGAUACAGUCACGCUUAAUUCCGAAUUUGGUCUCUUCAUUACAAUGAAUCCCGGCUAUGCAGGGCGUCAAGAAUUGCCCGAAAAUUUAAAGAUUAUGUUCCGUUCUGUGGCAAUGAUGGUACCGGAUCGCGCUAUUAUUAUUCGGGUGAAAUUAGCCAGUUGUGGUUUUAAGGAAAAUUUGGUGUUGUCGCGUAAAUUUUACACCCUCUACAAGCUUUGCGAAGAGCAGCUAUCUAAGCAAGUGCACUACGAUUUUGGCUUGCGUAACAUUUUAUCAGUGUUACGUACAUUAGGUGCACAAAAGCGUGCCAAUCCCACUGAUACAGAGGAGACUAUCGUAAUGCGCGUGUUGCGUGACAUGAAUGUUUCAAAACUGAUUGAUGAAGACGAGGGUCUAUUUAUUUCACUGAUCGAUGACAUGUUUCCGGGUAUUAAGCUGACCCAAGCGUCAUACAAAGAUCUUCAGCGUGCCAUUGUAAAGGUAGCCGACGAACUGGGUUAUGUGAACAAUCCUGAAUGGAAUCUGAAGGUCGUGCAGCUGUACGAAACUUCGCUUGUGCGACACGGUUUGAUGCUGAUGGGACCAACUGGCUCUGGAAAGACAAGCUGCACACAUGCGAUGCUAAGAUGCUUCACCGAAAUGGGACAGCCCCAUAAGGAGAUGCGAAUGAACCCGAAGGCCAUUACUGCUCCUCAAAUGUUCGGUCGCCUCGACGUGGCCACCAAUGAUUGGACCGAUGGUAUUUUCUCAACAUUAUGGAGACGUUCGCUGAAAAUACCGAAACAUCAAAACUGCUGGAUCGUUCUGGAUGGACCCGUAGAUGCGGUCUGGAUUGAAAAUUUAAACUCUGUAUUAGACGAUAAUAAAACCUUGACCUUAGCCAAUGGUGAUCGUAUAAAAAUGGCGGAUAAUUCAAAAUUGGUAUUCGAACCAGAUAAUGUGGAUAAUGCUUCGCCCGCUACAGUAAGUCGUGUCGGUAUGACAUUUAUGAGCUCAUCGGUGUUGAAGUGGAUGGUCUAUAUGGAAGCUUGGGUCCACAUGCAGCCCGCAGCUGAAGCAGAAAUAUACCGACGAUGCUAUGCUGCCAUCUAUGAUGAUGCACAUACCUUCCUACAAACAAAGCUCAUGGCUAAAAUGCGUAUUUUGGAAGCAAUCUAUAUUAAGCAAAUGCUCGAAAUUAUGGACGGCAUUUUAGAGGAGUGUAGCAAUCGAAGCGAAAGAUAUUUGGAACGUAUGUUCCUAUUUGCUCUAAUGUGGACUUUGGGCGCUGUGCUGGAAAUCAACGAACGUGAUAAAUUUGAAGAAUAUUUGGUUAAGCAUCCGUCAAAGCUAAAGUGGCCAAAGAGACAGCCAAACGAGACGAUUUUUGAAUAUUAUGUUGAUGAUCAGGGUCUAUGGCAACAUUGGAAUACGCGAGUUGAAGAUUUCAUCUACCCUGAGGAUAGCAUACCGGAGUUCGCCUCGAUUUUAGUGCCCAAUGUGGAUAACGUACGUACCGCAUACCUGAUGCAUAAUAUUGCAAAGCAGCGCAAGCAGGUGCUGCUGAUUGGUGAGCAGGGUACUGCGAAGACGGUGAUGAUUAAAGGAUAUAUGGCGCAAUAUGAUCCGGAGCAACAUUUAUCCAAGUCCUUUAAUUUUUCAUCGGCAACAACACCAAAUAUGUACCAGCGUAUUAUCGAAUCAUAUGUGGAAAAACGUGUCGGUACCACCUAUGGUCCACCGGGGCAACGAUCGAUGACUGUCUUCAUAGAUGAUAUAAAUAUGCCAGUGAUUAAUGAAUGGGGUGAUCAAAUCACCAACGAAAUUGUGCGCCAAAUGAUCGAACAGGGUGGUUUCUAUUCUUUGGAAAAGCCAGGUGACUUCUCUACUAUUAUGGACAUACAGCUAUUGGCAGCCAUGAUACAUCCGGGUGGUGGUCGUAAUGAUAUACCAAAUCGUUUGAAACGCCACUUAUCCAUCUUCAACUGCACUUUACCAAGUCAUAAUUCUAUGGAUCAGAUUUUCAAUAAAAUCGGACAAGGUUAUUUCUGUUUGUCGCGCUUCAACGAGGAAGUCGUUGACACUAUACCACAUUUGGUGCCGCUCACUCGUAUUUUCUGGCAAAAUGUCAAAGCGAAAAUGUUACCGACACCUGCGAAUUUCCAUUAUGUAUUCAAUUUGCGUGAUCUCUCUCGCAUUUGGGAAGGUAUAUUGAAAAUAAAGGCGGAGGAAUGCGACAGUAUACAAACCGUGCUGAAAUUGUGGUGUCAUGAAUGUACACGUGUUAUUGCGGAUCGGUUUACCGAGUUCAAGGACAAAGAGUGGUUUUUGAAUUGCCUGAAAGGCGAUGCUCUGAAAAAUUUGCCAGAGGAAAUAGCUGAGCAUUAUCCUGAAGAAGAAACGUUUUUCGUUGACUUUUUAAGGGAUGCUCCAGAUGCUGGGGAAGAUGAUGAACAGGAGGUAUCACUAGAACCGCCAAAAAUAUACGAGGAAUUACCAAGUUUCGACUUUGUGAAACAGAAAGUGUUUUUCUACAUGGGCCAAUUUAAUGAAUACGUACGUGGAUUCACCAUGGACAUGGUAUUUUUCCGUGAUGCACUAGUUCAUCUUAUGAUUGUUUCCAGAAUAUUAAGUAUGCCGAGGGGCAAUGCUCUGCUCGUCGGAGUCGGCGGUUCAGGCAAACAAAGUCUUACACGUUUGGCGUCCUUCAUAGCUAACUAUAAGUUCUUCCAAAUCGUACUAACACGUGCCUACAAUGCGAGUAAUCUCGUUGAAGAUUUAAAAUAUUUAUAUCGCACAGCUGGUCUAGAAGGAAGUGGCAUAACAUUCAUAUUUACCGAUAAUGAAAUCAAGGAUGAUGGCUUUUUGGAAUUUAUUAACAACAUCCUCAGCUCUGGUGAAAUUGCAAAUCUUUUUGCAAAGGAUGAAAUGGACGAAAUCUACAAUGAAAUGAUACCCAUCAUGAAGAAAAUAGCUCCAAAACGCAUACCAACGCAGGACAACCUCUAUGACUUCUUCUUGUCACGCGCACGCUUCAAUCUACACAUUGCGCUUUGCUUCUCACCGAUUGGCGAGAAAUUCCGUGCACGCUCUCUGAAAUUUCCUGGUCUUAUUUCCGGUUGUGUCAUUGAUUGGUUCCAAAAAUGGCCCGAGGAUGCGCGUGUUGCGGUAUCGGAGCAUUACUUGAAAGAUUUCCCCAUAGUCUGUGCUCCGGAAAUAAAAGAACAAGUUAUAGACUUAAUGAGUUGGAUACAUGAAACUGCAUCCGAGGCUUGUACAUCAUAUUUCGAACGCUUCCGACGCACUACAUUUGUAACACCUAAGUCGUUGAUAUCCUUUUUACAAAGCUACAUGACUUUGUACAAAGAUAAACAAGUGAAUAUCAUUACAAUGUCCGAUCGCAUGAGCUCAGGCUUAGAUAAGUUGGACGAAGCAGGCGCUGCGGUUUCCGUACUGAAAAAAGACUUGAUUGAAAUGAAUAAAGUCAUUGUAAUCGCGACGGAAGAGGCUGAAGAAGUACUGGAGACGGUGGCACAAUCCACUGCCGCCGCUGAAGUUGUCAAAGUACAGGUUGCGGAGAAGAAAGCACAGGCUGGUGAGUUAGUGAAAGUCAUAUCGGCCGACAAAGAGGUUGCCGAAGCUAAACUGGAAAAGGCUCGUCCAGCAUUAGAGGAAGCCGAAGCCGCGUUACGCACCAUCAAAGCCGCCGAUAUAGCGACUGUACGAAAACUGGGUAAGCCGCCAUACUUGAUUACACUCAUUAUGGAUGCGGUAUGCAUUCUAUUUCGCAAGAAAAUAAAACCCAUAAAACCGGAUUUCGAAAAGCAAUUUCUACAAAGCUCUUGGGAAGAGUCGCUGAAGGUGAUGUCAGAUACGAGUUUCCUAAAGAAGAUUGUCGAAUAUCCAACGGACAUCAUUAAUGCAGAAAUGGUGGAUCUGAUGCUGCCAUAUUUUACCUAUAGUAUGUACACAUUUGAAGCAGCCAAGGUGGCUUGCGGCAAUGUUGCCGGUCUAUUGUCCUGGACCAUCGCAAUGGCUAAGUACUUUGAGGUGAAUAAAGAGGUAUUGCCAUUGAAGGCCAAUUUAGCCAUACAAACGGUUAAAUAUCAGAAGGCGGCCGCUGACUUGCAAGAAGCCGAAGAAUUGUUCGCUUCUAAAGAACGCGAAUUAGCUGAAGUGCAAGCGCGUUUUGACGAAGCUAUUGCUAAGAAGGAUGCUGUGCUGGCUGAGGCGAAAAAGGUGCAAGACAAAAUGGAUGCUGCAACGGCGCUGAUUAGCGGUUUGGCUGGCGAAAAAAUACGUUGGACCGAACAGAUUGCGCAAUUCAAAAGCGAAACGGAUCGUCUUGUAGGUGACACCAUAAUAUUGACUGCCUUCCUGUCGUAUACGGGUCCGUUUAACCAAGAAUAUCGUAUUGACUUACAAAAUCAGUGGCUGAAGGAAGUACGCGAGCGCACAAUACCAUUGUCUUUCAACCUAAAUAUUAUCGAAAGUCUAACGGACCGCACGCAAAUCGGUGAAUGGAAUAUACAAGGUCUCCCUUCGGAUGAGUUGUCCGUGCAGAAUGGUAUUAUCGCUACAAAGGCCGUACGCUUCCCAUUGCUGAUCGAUCCCCAGUCGCAAGGCAAAGCAUGGAUUAAGAAUAAGGAGAAAUUUAAUAAUCUCAUAGUGACGACACUGAAUCACAAAUAUUUCCGCAAUCAUAUCGAAGAUUCUGUUAGCUUGGGCUUACCUAUAAUUAUUGAAGAUGUUGGUGAAGAGUUGGAUCCUUGCCUGGAUAAUGUUUUGGACCGAAAUUUGCUGAAGGUCGGCACAACAUACAAAAUUAAGGUUGGCGACAAAGAAGUUGACUACAAUCCAGCAUUUCGUUGUUAUAUAACAACAAAAUUACCGAACCCCGCUUACACACCGGAAGUAUCGGCGCGUACGUCAAUUAUAGACUUUACAGUAACAAUGAAGGGUUUGGAGGACCAGCUGCUAGGUCGUGUGAUUCUGACAGAGCGCAAAGAACUAGAGGAGGAGCGUCAAGAUUUGGUUGAAACGGUGACGAAUAAUAUGAAGAAGAUGAAGGAGUUAGAAGCGAAUUUGCUACACAAACUAUCCACCACUCAAGGUAGCCUGUUGGAUGAUGUAACUGUCAUUGAAGUGCUGAACACCAGCAAGAAUACGGCUAUAGAGGUGAAGGAGAAAAUCGAAGUCGCCAAAGUAACUGAGGUAAAGAUCAACUUGGCGCGCGAAGAGUAUCGGCCAGUGGCAACACGUGGCAGCGUUCUAUAUUUCUUGGUGUGCAGUAUGGCGAUGGUAAAUUGUAUGUACCAAACAUCGCUGGUUCAAUUUCUGGACCGUUUCGAUGCCUCUAUGCAUCUAUCAGCUAAAACCCAUAUUACAGCUAAACGCAUCAAACGUAUUAUCUCAUAUUUGACUUUUGAGAUUUAUCGUUAUAAGUCACGGGGAUUAUAUGAGCAGCAUAAGUUUUUGUUUGUACUCUUGAUGGCGCUAAAUAUCGAUCGUCAGCUGGAUCUUGUGAGCUAUGAUGAAUUUCAGAAUUUCAUAAAAGGCGGCGCAGCUUUGAAUUUGAAUGAUUGUCCACCUGUACCAUUCCGCUGGAUCACCGACGAGACAUGGUUGAAUUUGGUGCAAUUGUCGAAGAUGCCUUCUUUUGCUAAUGUUCUUACUAAGGUCACGAAUAACGAGCGGGGUUGGUUCAAUUGGUAUAAAAAAGAAUGCCCGGAAAAUGAGACAAUACCGGAUGGUUUAAAUUCUCUGCAACCGUUCUAUAAACUGUUGCUAAUCCGGUCGUGGUGUGUGGAUCGCACCAUUGCACAGAGUCGCAAAUAUAUCGCUAAUUCUUUGGGUGAUCGUUUCGCAGAACCAGUAGUUCUGAAUUUCGAUGAACUGCUAUCGGAGAGUAAACUUUUAACACCUUUAGUUUGCUUCCUUUCAAUGGGUUCGGAUCCUUCGUCCAAUAUCGAAGCUCUGGCCAAGAAAAAUGAACUCAAGUGCUAUCCCAUAUCGAUGGGUCAAGGCCAAGAAAUACACGCACGCAAGCUAGUGGAAAAUUGCCUCAGAGAUGGUGGUUGGGUCUUGUUACAAAAUUGUCACUUGGGCUUAGAGUAUAUGAACGAAUUGUGCCUACAAUUAUUGGAAUUGGAAAAGGCUGAAGCAGGUUCAUUCAAUGAAUCCUUCCGGAUUUGGAUCACAACCGAACCACAUGAGAAAUUCUCAAUUACCUUGUUGCAGAUGUCCAUUAAAUUUACUAAUGAACCACCAGCAGGCAUACGUGCCGGUCUAAAGCGUACCUACGGAAAUUUGUCACAAGAUUUUCUCGACUACUCCCAAUCAAAUUUCUACCAUCCCCUGGUAUUUGCGAUCUCCUUUUUACAUUCAGUCGUACAAGAGCGACGUAAAUUCGGUCCAUUGGGCUGGAAUAUACCAUAUGAAUUCAAUUUUGCUGAUUGGUACGCCAGUUGUUUAUUUGUACAAAAUCACUUGGACGAUUUGGAACCGGGCAAGGGUAUUAGCUGGACUACAGUGCGCUAUAUGUUGGGUGAAGUGCAGUACGGUGGUCGAGUUACAGACGAUUAUGAUAAGCGUCUGUUGAAUACUUUCGCACGCGUGUGGUUCCACGAUUAUCUAUUUGCACCCACAUUUGAGUUCUACAAAGGUUACAAGAUUUUCUGUUUCAAAGAGCAAGAAGCAUAUUUGGAGGCGAUCGACGAUAUGCCUCUAUUGGACUCACCACAAGUUUACGGUUUUCACUCAAAUGCUGAAAUUACUUACCAGACAAAUACAAUGCGGAGUAUUUUGGAUACGAUUAUUUCUAUACAGCCAAAGGAAUCCGGUGGUGGCACUGGUGAGACCCGGGAAGAUCGUGUAGCUCGUUCAACACGUGACAUGCAAAGUAAAAUGCCACCACCAUACGAUUUAUAUGAGGUUCGAGAACGGCUGCGUCUUAUGGGUCAUACCAGCUCAAUGAAUAUAUUUUUGCGGCAAGAAAUUGAUCGCAUGCAGCGGAUCAUCAUCCUGGUCCGAACUACACUGAAGGACCUAUUGCUAGCCAUUGAAGGAACCAUCAUUAUGAGCGAACAACUGCGGGACGCUUUAGAUAAUAUUUUCAAUGCCCGUGUACCUGAAAUAUGGAAGCGCGGAAGUUGGGUAUCAUCUAGUUUGGGCUUCUGGUUUACCGAAUUACUGGAACGUAAUCAACAAUUCAACAGUUGGUGUUUCACUGGUCGCCCAGUAGUAUUCUGGAUGUCCGGGUUCUUCAAUCCACAAGGUUUCUUAACUGCCAUGAAACAAGAAGUAGCUCGAGCUCAUCAGGGCUGGGCCUUGGAUCAAGUCACCAUGCACAAUGAUGUGCUGAAAGUGAGCACCGAUGAGUGUAAGAAACCACCGAAAGAGGGUGUUUUUGUCGAGGGCUUGUUUGUGGAUGGCGCUGGCUGGGAUCGCAAGCUUUCCAGAUUAAUUGAAGCGACAAACAAAGUGUUGUACGUAGCACUUCCAGUUGUGCACAUAUACGCUAUAAAUUCUGUUGCGCCGAAAAAUCCAAAACUAUAUACGUGUCCAGUUUAUAAGAAAAUCAAUCGCACCGAUCUCAACUACAUCACACCACUUUGGUUACAAUCAGUGAAGUCGCCAGACCAUUGGAUAUUACGUGGCGUUGCUUUGCUUUGCGAUAUCAAAUGAAUAUGCCAUAUUGUAU